GCUGAUUGGCUGGAGUGACGAGUCGGGAUCUUGAAGCUUUUCGUGACCUCCCAAACUGCCUCUUCCCUCUUGCUCUCUCCGCAUCCCACCUCCUUCCCCGCCUCAUUUGCGCCUCUUUACAAACCCAAUUCGGGUUUUCAUCUCUUCUUUUUCUCUCACAUCUUCUCGGCACAGGCGACGAUGCUGUCGCGGUCUUCCCUCAGCCGAAAUGCGCCGCGUGCGUUCGCCGCCGCCGGCCGUCGGUCCAUGGCCUCGGCUGCCAACCCGGCCUUCCAGUACGAUGUCUCCGAAGCUUCCGGCGUGAAGGUCGCCAACCGUCAAGUUGAGGGCCCUACUGGUACCCUAGCCCUUGUUGCGAAGGCUGGUUCCCGUUACCAGCCCUUCCCUGGUUUCUCCGAUGCUCUCGACCGAUUCGCUUUCAAGACUACCCUCAAGCGGUCUGCACUGCGGAUCACCCGGGAGACUGAGCUGCUGGGCGGUGAAAUCUCGUCGACACACUCGCGCGAAAACAUUGUCCUCCGGACCAAGUUCCUCUCCAAGGAUCUCCCUUACUUCACAGAGUUGCUGGCCGAGGUUGCUACCCAGACCAAGUUCGCAGACCACGAAUUGAACGAGGUUGUCAGCAAGCUCCUCAAGUACAAGCAGCAGGCUGUCCACUCUAACCCGGAGACCGUUGCUGUCGAUGCCGCUCACGGUGUUGCUUUCCACCGCGGUCUGGGCGCUUCCAUCACCCCCUCCCAGUCUUCUCCUUACGAGAAGUACGUCUCCGGCGAUGCCCUGGCCGAGUUCGCCCAGAACGCCUACGCCAAGUCCAACAUUGCUCUUGUCGCCAGCGGCCCCAACUCUGCUGAGCUCUCCAAGUGGGUUGGCCAGUUCUUCAAGGACACCCCCACCGGCAACGCCUCCAGCAAAUACAACGUUCUGCCCUCCGUCGCCUCCAAGUACUACGGUGGUGAGCAGCGCAUUGCCUCCAAGAUCGGCAACGCUGUUGUGAUCGCCUUCCCCGGCUCCAGUGCUUUCGGCACCGCGGGCUACAAGGCUGAGGCUUCCGUUCUCGCUGCCCUUCUGGGCGGCGAGUCCACCAUCAAGUGGACCCCCGGCUUCUCCCUUCUGUCCCAGGCCACCAAGGGCUUCAACCAGCUCCGUGUUUCUACCCAGAACAACGCCUACUCCGAUGCUGGUCUUUUCACCGUCACUCUGUCCGGCCAGGCCGACCAGGUCGCUGCCGCCAGCAAGAACGUUGUCGACGCCCUCAAGAAGGCUGCCGCCGGUGAGGUCGCCUCCGAUGACAUCAAGAAGGCUAUUGCCCUCGCCAAGUUCCGCGCUCUGGAGUCCGUUCAGACCCUCGAGACUGGUCUUGAGGCUACCGGCUCCGGCCUCGUCCACGGCAACAAGCCCUACCAGAUCAAUGAGAUUGCUGAGGCUCUCGAGAAGGUCACCGAACAACAGGUCAAGCAGGUCGCCAACACCUUCCUGACUGGCAAGGCUACCCUCGUCAGCGUUGGUGAUAUUCACCAGCUCCCCUUCGCCGAGGAUCUCGGUCUGACCGUUUAA